CUUGACAGGGCGUGAUGUCCUGACGCCUUUCCCAGGCCUGGGCACAGCGGCAGCCCCGGCACAGGCUGGUGCCCACCUGAAGCAGUGUGACCUGCUGAAGCUGUCUCGGCGGCAGAAGCAGCUCUGCAGGAGGGAGCCUGGCCUGGCUGAGACCCUGAGGGACGCUGCACACCUGGGGCUGCUGGAAUGUCAGUUCCAGUUCAGGCAGGAGCGCUGGAACUGCAGCCUGGAGGGGAGGACCGGCCUGCUCCAGAGAGGCUUCAAGGAGACAGCCUUCCUGUAUGCUGUGUCUGCAGCUGCCCUCACGCAUGCGCUGGCCCGGGCCUGUAGUGCAGGACGCAUGGAGCGUUGCACCUGCGAUGACUCCCCGGGCCUGGAGAGCAGGCAGGCCUGGCAAUGGGGUGUAUGUGGUGACAACCUGAAGUACAGCACCAAGUUCCUAAGCAACUUCCUGGGGCCCAAGAGAGGAAGCAAGGACCUGCGAGCCCGAGCUGAUGCCCACAACACCCACGUGGGCAUCAAGGCUGUGAAGAGUGGCCUGAGAACAACCUGUAAGUGCCAUGGCGUGUCAGGCUCCUGUGCUGUGCGUACCUGUUGGAAGCAGCUCUCCCCAUUUCGGGAGACUGGCCAGGUGCUGAAGCUACGCUAUGACACGGCUGUCAAGGUAUCCAGUGCCACCAAUGAGGCUUUGGGCCGUCUGGAGCUAUGGGCACCUGCUAAGCCAGGUGGGCCUGCCAAGGGCCUAGCACCUCGCCCUGGGGACCUCGUCUACAUGGAAGACUCUCCCAGCUUCUGCCGGCCCAGCAAGUACUCUCCGGGCACCGCGGGCAGGGUGUGUUCUCGUGAUGCAAGCUGCAGCAGCCUAUGCUGCGGGCGAGGCUACGACACCCAGAGCCGCGUGGUGGCUUUCUCCUGCCACUGCCAGGUGCAGUGGUGCUGCUAUGUGGAGUGCCAGCAGUGCGCACAGCAAGAACUUGUGUAUACCUGCAAGCGCUAG